AUGGAUCUGGCGUUGCUCAAGAAGAUGCUCGGCAGAGCCGGAACAAGUGAAGAAGCUGAGGAUCUUGGUGGUCCAAGAAGAGAAUUUCUUCGACUGCUUACAGAAGCUCUUGCACAGUCUUCAGUGUUUGAGGGAACAGAAGGGAACCUCAACUUGGCUCUUGAUUCAUCAGCUGUCAGAGAGGACCGAUACUUUGUUACAGGAAGGGCUAUUGCAGUAAGUCUGGUACAUGGAGGGCCUUCACCAAAUUUCUUGUCCCAAACACUGUUUGACUGCAUAGUUCAAGGGCCAGCGAAAUCUAGACCAAACCUUGGGGACAUCGCCGACUCCGAAAUCCGUGAGAAAAUACAAAAGGUUUGUUGCAUUUUCAUUUCAUCAUAUUCAGCAGUCUCUAUCUAUCUGUCUUAUCAUUUGUGCCCCCAAUUCAAAUCAACAACUCUGGAGGAACUCACCCAGUCAACUGAACCUCUCCAAGACUAUCUUGCCAAUGCAGGCUGUCUGAAGCCACUGAAAAGUGUUGACGACAGGGAUAGACUUGUGGAAGAUGUCUUGAUGUUUCAAGUCAUUAAUCGAGUCCGUGGACCAUUUGAAAGGUAUUUUAAAUUUAUUUGUGUUCUGUGCUUAAUUCUAUGCUGUCCUGCUUGCUCCACAGAGGAAGAUGGAUCAAAGAAGUUGGGGGACAUCCGAGCAUUUGCAACUGGAUCUGAUGCAGUACCACCAAUCGGCUUUUCUCCUCAACCAUCUCUUGAAUUUCUUCACCCUAGUGGUGGAGCAGCAAAGUUCCCUGUUGCCAACACCUGCAUCAGUUGUCUUCGACUGCCGAUCUACAGCACGUACGAUUGUUUUAAGACCAACAUGGACUUUGCAAUAAGAAACACACAGGGGUUUGGCAUGCCAUAGAUGAUGAAUUUAAAGUUCAAACGUAUAAAAUG